ACAAUCACUAAGCUAUCAUUUUAACUGAAUUUGGAUUUUUUCCCUUUUUUUUCUUAAUAGUCUCUAAUGCAGUGUGCAGGAGAAAGUAUCACUCUGUUUAAAAAUAAGAUGAAUGAGGAAUUUAGAAUUGUUUCAUUGAGAAAUAUGAUGCAUCUGUGUACAAGUUGCUUGUAUAACUGUGCUAAGGGCAGUCCAAAUAAGAUUGCAUCUGGCUUUUUCUUACGAUUAUUAACAUCAAAGCUAAUGAAUGAUAUUGCAGAUAUUUGUAGAAGUUUAGCAUCCAUUAUCAAAAAGCCGUUGGAUUUGGGAGAAGUAGAAUCAGUGGACAGUGAUACUCAUGAAAAUCUAAUGGAGAUGGAGGAUCAGUCUUCCAUGAGUCUAUUUAAUGAUCACCCUGCUAGUAAUGUUACUGACGCAAAUGAAUCCGGGGAGAGCCAGCUCAUUAUUGGUGCCACGAGUCCUUUAGCUGAAGAACAUCUGUCAAAGCAAGAUCUACUUGUUUUGGACAUGCUCAAGUUCUUGUGUAUGUGUGUGACCACUGCUCAAACCAAUACUGUGUCAUUUAGAGCAGCCGAUAUUCGGAGGAAAUUGUUAAUGUUAAUUGAUUCUAGCAUGCUAGACCCUACCAGAUCUCUCCACCUACACAUGUAUCUAGUGCUUUUAAAGGAACUUCCUGGAGAAGAACAUCCCUUGCCAAUGGAAGAUGUUGUUGAACUUCUAAAACCAUUAUCCAAUGUGUGUUCUUUGUAUCGCCGUGACCAAGACGUUUGUAAAACCAUUUUAAACCAUGUCCUUCGUAUAGUGACGAACCUGUGUCAAGGAGAUACGGACACUGAGAACACAAGUGAUGCUCAAGGACAGUUUCUUACAGUGAUUGGAGCAUUUUGGCACUUAGCAAAGGAGGGAAAAUGCACAUUUUCUGUAAGAAUGGCACUAGUAAAAUGCCUUAAAACUUUGCUUGAGGCUGAUCCUUAUUCAAAAUGGGCUAUUCUUAAUGUAAUGAAAGAAGACUUUCCUGUAAACGAAAUAUUUCCGCAGUUUCUUGCUGAUAGUCAUCACCAAGUUCGCAUGUUGGCUGCAGAAUCAGUCAAUAGAUUAUUUCAGCAUAUGGAACAAGGACGUUCUUCUACAUUAUUGAAAGCACUUCCUCUGAAGCUUCAGCAAACAGCUUUUGAAAAUGCCUACUUGAAAGCUCAGGAAGGAAUGAGAGAAGUGUCCCACAGAGCUGAGAACCCUGAAUUUUUGGAUGAGAUUUGUAAUAGGAAAGCCGUUUUACUGAUGAUGAUAGCUGUGGUGUUAUGCUGUAGCCCUGUCUGUGAAAAACAGGCUUUAUUCGCACUAUGCAAGUCUGUGAAAGAGAAUGGAUUAGAGCCUCACCUCAUUAAAAAGGUUUUAGAGAAAGUUUCUGAAACUUUUGGAUACAGACAUUUAGAAGACUUCAUGGCUUCUCACUUGGAUUAUCUGGUUUUAGAAUGGCUUAAUCUUCAAUACAGCUUAUCUUCUUUUCCUUUUAUUUUGUUAAACUACACAAACAUCGAGGAUUUCUAUAGGUCUUGUUAUAAAGUUUUGAUUCCACAUCUGGUGAUUAGAAGUCAUUUUGAUGAGGUGAAGUCCAUUGCUAAUCAGAUUCAAGAGGAUUGGAAACAUCUUCUGACAGAUUGCUUUCCAAAGAUUCUUGUAAAUAUUCUUCCGUACUUCGCUUAUGAGGGUACCGGAGACAGUGGGAUGGCGCAGCAAAGAGAGACUGCUACCAAAGUCUAUGAUAUGCUUAAAGAUGAAAACUUAUUAGGAAAACAGAUUGAUCACUUAUUCAUUAGUAAUUUACCAGAGAUUGUGGUGGAGUUACUGAUGACGUUACACGAACCAGCAACGUCUGGUGCCAGCCAGAGCACUGACCCCUGUGAUUUUUCAGGGGAUUUGGAUCCUGCUCCUAAUCCACCUCAUUUUCCAUCACAUGUGAUUAAAGCAACGUUUGCCUAUAUCAGUAAUUGCCAUAAAACAAAGCUUAAAAGCAUUUUAGAAAUUCUUUCCAAAAGUCCUGACUCCUAUCAGAAAAUCCUCCUAGCCAUAUGUGUGCAAGCAGCUGAGACAAACAAUGUUUAUAAAAAGCACAGAAUUCUUAAAAUAUAUCACCUGUUUGUUAGUUUAUUACUGAAAGAUAUAAAGAGUGGCUUAGGUGGAGCUUGGGCCUUUGUUCUUCGAGAUGUUAUUUAUACUUUGAUUCACUACAUCAACAAAAGGCCUGCUCGUUUCACGGGUGUGUCCUUACGUAGCUUCUCCCUUUGUUGUGACCUGUUAAGCCGGGUUUGCCACACAGCAGUAACUCACUGUAAGGAUGCUUUAGAAAAUCAUCUUCAUGUUAUCGUUGGUACACUUAUACCCCUUGUGGAUGAUCAGAUGGAGGUUCAGAAACAGGUAUUGGACUUGUUGAAAUACUUAGUGAUUGAUAACAAGGAUAAUGAAAACCUAUAUAUCACGAUUAAGCUUUUAGAUCCUUUUCCUGACCACGUUGUCUUUAAGGAUUUACGUAUUACUCAGCAGAAAAUCAAAUACAGUAGAGGACCCUUUUCACUCUUGGAGGAAAUUAACCAUUUUCUCUCAGUAAGUGUUUAUGACGCACUUCCCUUGACAAGGCUUGAAGGACUGAAGGAUCUUCGAAGACAACUAGAACAACAUAAAGAUCAGAUGAUGGAUCUUAUGAGAGCAUCUCAGGAUAACCCGCGGGAUGGCGUGAUGGUGAAGCUGGUUGUCGGCUUGUUGCAGUUAUCCAAGAUGGCAGCAAACCACGCUGGUGAAAAAGAAGUUUUAGAGGCUGUUGGAAGCUGCUUGGGAGAAGUGGGUCCUGUAGAUUUCUCUACAAUAGCGAUACAGCAUAACAGGGACACAUCGUGUACCAAGGCUCUUGAGUUAUUUGAAGAUAAAGAGCUUCAGUGGACCUUCAUACUGCUGACCUACCUGAACAGUACGCUGAUAGAAGAUUGUGUCAAAGUGCGAUCAGCAGCUGUUACCUGUUUGAAAAGCAUUUUAGGUACAAAAACUGGACAUAGUUUCUGGGAGAUGUAUAAGACGACCACUGAUCCCAUGCUGACCUAUCUACAGCCUUUUCGAACAUCAAGAAAAAAGUUUUUAGAAGUACCCAGACUUGAGAAAGAAAGCCCUUUAGAAGGCUUGGAUGAUACAAACCUGUGGAUUCCUCAAAGUGAAAAUCAUGACGUUUGGAUAAAGACUCUGACUUGUGCUUUUUUGGAUAGUGGAGGCACAAAAAGUGAAGUUCUGCAGUUAUUAAAGCCGAUGUGUGAAGUGAAAACUGACUUUUGUCAGACUGUGCUUCCAUACUUGAUUCAUGAUAUUUUACUGCAAGAUACAAAUGAAUCAUGGAGAAAUCUGCUUUCUACACAUAUUCAGGGAUUUUUCGCUUACUGCUUCAGACAGUCCUCACAAACAAGCCGAUCCACAACCCCUGCAAAUUUGGAUUCAGAGUCCGAGCACUUUUUCCGAUGCUGUUUGGACAAAAAAUCACAGAGAACAAUGCUUGCUGUUGUGGACUACUUGAGGAGACAAAAGAGACCUUCCUCAGGAACAGUUUUUGAAGAUGCUUUCUGGCUGGAGUUGAAUUACCUAGAGGUUGCCAAGGUAGCUCAGUCUUGUGCUGCUCACUUUACAACAUUGCUUUAUGCAGAAAUCUAUGCAGAUAAAAAGAACAUGGAUGAUCAAGAGAGAAGGUAAUGGCAUUUGCAAGUUUUAGUUUGUAAAAUUGUUGUUGACAUGGUUUCAUUAAGUGUGUAUGUUAAAUAUUUGUUUUACUCCCACUC